ACAAUUUGAAUCACAGACCAUGGCCGAUCAAACGGUGUAUUCCAAGUUGGUGCCGUGGGAUAACUUAAGCGGGAAGGUUGUGAUGGUCACCGGAGCCUCGUCUGGGAUCGGCCGGGAAUUCUGUAUAGACCUGGCCAAAGCCGGCUGCAGAAUCGUUGCAGCUGCACGUCGGAUAGACAGGCUCGUGUCUCUCUGCAACGAGAUCAAUGGAAUUAGUGAUAAUAACAUCGUAGCCAUGGCCGUGGAGCUUGAUGUCGCUGCUAAGGGUCCUGCCAUUGAAGCCUCCGUGAAAAGGGCGUGGGAUGCAUUUGGGCAGAUCGAUUGUUUAAUUAACAAUGCCGGGGUUAGAGGUAGUGUGCAGAGUCCAUUGAAGUUAUCUGAAGAAGAAUGGGACAGUACCAUGAGAAUAAACUUGAGCGGAACAUGGUUGGUAUCGAAGUACGUUUGUACACGUAUGCGUGACGCGAAUCGAGAAGGGUCGGUCAUCAAUAUCUCGUCUAUUUCGGGUCUUGACCGUGGACAACAACGUGGAAGUCUCGUCUAUUCCUCUUCAAAGGCUGGCGUUGUCACGUUAACCAAGGUAAUGGCUAUGGAAAUGGGCACGUACAAGAUCAGAGUGAACUCGAUUUGUCCAGGGCUUUUUAGGUCGGAGAUCACAGAAGGUUUGAUGCAGAAGGAGUGGCUUAGCAAAGUAGCUGAAAGGAAAGUUCCUUUAAGAACAUAUGGGACGACUGAUCCAGCCUUGACGGCUCUAGUAAGGUAUCUGAUCCAUGACUCAUCUGAGUACAUAAGUGGCAAUACGUUUAUCGUGGAUGCAGGUGCCACCUUACCAGGUGUCCCACUUUUCUCUUCGCUAUAGAUCCCAAAAGUAGCAAAUGCCACCACACCAUGUAACGGUUUGGACCAAAUUUAUGUCAACGGGA